UCUAAGUUACAGUUUGCCCCGCUUGUUGCGCUAUAUAUCAGUUAAAACUUUUCAAGCGUCUAUCCAGCCACACAAUGGUGUUAAUUACCGCAGAUCUCAUUCGAAAACGUGCAGAACACAAUGAUGGGGAGAUAUACUCCCUUGAAGAAGUGGCUUUACAUCAACAAAAUCUUGAAAGGAUUGAGCUUAUUGAGAACUUGUGUAAAAGCCUUAGAAUAUUAUAUCUACAAAAUAAUCUCAUUCCAAAAAUCGAAAAUCUAUCAAAGCUGAAAAAACUAGAAUAUUUGAAUUUAGCUCUAAAUAAUAUUGAAAAGGUGGAGAAUUUAGAAGGUUGCGAAUCCUUGAAAAAGCUAGAUUUGACAGUAAAUUUUAUUGGGGACUUGUUUAGUAUUGAAUCUUUAGGUAAUGUGCAUUUUCUUGAAGAACUUUAUUUAACUGGAAAUCCGUGCACAGAAUAUCCAGGGUAUAGAGAAUUUGUGAUUGCUACGUUACCGCAAUUAAAAUUGCUAGAUGGAGUGGAAAUAACUAGAUCGGAACGCAUUAUUGCAUUGCAAAACUUGGAACGUAUUCGUCCAAUCAUAGAAGAAAAACAAAGAGAGCACGGAUUAAAAAGAAAAUCUGAAAAGGUCGAAGCAGCACGAAGAAAAGAAAGAUUCGCCAAGGCAAAUACAGAUUCCAGUUACACAACUGUGGGUUUAGAAGAAUUUUGGUCUGAAAAAGUUCCUUACACGCCCGAAUCACGAACUGAAACACAUGAAUAUAUGCAACAAAAAGAAAAGUCAAGACAAGAGACAAAAAACUCAAGGAUAGAACCGCGAGUAAUCACAAAAUAUUUUGCCGAAGACGGUAGACCAUACAAUAUCAACACAGCUAAGAUAGAGUUCAACCUCAAGGAAGAUAUAUUAGACGAUCACGAUGUUUACAUACUCGAUGUUGCUGUAUAUAAGCAUAUGGAUACAGCUUUGAUAAAAUGCGACAUACAAGUCAAUUACGUUCGAGUAACACUUAAAGGAAAGGUUUUCCAACUAGCUUUACCAGAUGAAGUUCAAGCCGAUGCUUCACAUGUUAAGCGUUCUUUAACGACAGGACAUUUGCUGAUUACUAUGCCAAAGGUAUAAAGUCGUUAUCAAGUUAAUCAGAUGUUUAUCACAAUCCUAAAUUCACAAGCUUUAAACGAUGUACUUUGCCCUUAACCUGGCCAUUUUUCGGAUUAUUAAUUUGGAUAUAUAAUUGUAGAACCUGAAGAGAGUUUAUCGAAAAGAAUAUUCUUCGUUGAAAUACUAGUCUUUUACCUGUUGAAAUUGAAGCUAGACCACCAUGGAAAACCUGGAAGCACUGGACGGCCGUUUCGUCCUAGUAUGGGACUCCUCAGCAGUUCCAUACUACGUACCACUUCGUGAGGCUUUCAACUGCGAAUCCCGGCAGUUUAGAGGCAUGUAAAGACUUCGAUGUUGUGUUACGCGAUAAAAUUCUAUUAUAUGGUGAUAGACUUUAUGUGAUAAUGUUUAAUAAUCGAUCACAGCUUUGAACAUGCUUCACUAUAUGUACUUGAUCAUAUUACUAUUCAUUACUCUUUUUAGUUUUAUUCUUAUGUCUAAAUUCUAGCUCCUGUUGGUAUUCUGUGGUUUCACUUGUGUGAUCUUUAUCUUAGUGGGCUGGAGUUAAGUAUAUGCAUUCUUGAUGAUACAGAUAUAUUUGGUUUCUAAUUUGACACACAUCAUUCUCGCAAUUCUGGAAACUUAGGAAUCUAACAGUUGCUGACAUACUUUGCCACUGCAAACUGCCUAAACUGUGUACAAUAAUAUCGAUAUUCAGAAACUAAUUAAUAUUUUCAAAUGUCAUUAUUCUUCUAGAAUAAGUAGACAAUACUACGUUGAUGUGUUGUUUGAACGAUAAAACAACAUAUAAGUCUGUCCGCGAAUAACAAUUUCGAAAGGCACAUCACGGUAAUAAAAAUUUUCAAUAUAAGGAACCUGGUCAAAUUUUGACCAGCAAAAAUAUCUGAUGCGUCUAUAUGUUUACUGAACUUCUCAGUCAUAUUUCUCUGCAUUCCAUGAAUCAAAUGUGUUCAUUAGUUUGUGAGGGUGACAAUCUUCAUAUAAACUCAUGAGAAAUCUUUUAAAAGUGAGUGCCUUAACUGUAAGAAUUCCCAAUUUUAUAACAAUAUUGGAAAUAGGUCGAUAUCCAUCGAUGAAGAUUGAUUUACCACUUUUAACACAGAAUGUAGGCUGUUUAUUUAUUUUUAAC